AUGGGCUCCGGCGGAGAGGUCCCCUCUGCAGUCAGCCCGGCCCCCCUGCCAGGCGUACCAGGUUGUGGGAUCAACCCCACCCUCACCCUGUUUUUACCCGGCCAUCUCAGCAGGGGCAGCCCGACACCCACCCCGCCGUCGGGGGUCAAUCCGACCCCGGGGAAGACGUCAGGGUCAAUCCGACCCUCAAUGCUGACGUCAGGGUCAGGCCGACCUGUCCGUCACUUUUCCUCCCAACGUCGGAUUGCUGCUUGA